CAGAGCAGCACACACAGCUAGUCAGACCAGCAUGUGACUGAGUCAGGGAAAGAACAAGGGCUGAGAGAGGAAGUUAAAGAGUCGGAAUGAAAGUAUGUGAGACGACUGAGAGUGCAAACAAUCAAAUAACAGAUUCCAAUGAAAAGGAAACUAAUCCAGGGGAAGGGAACCUGAGAGAGAGGUUGCCUAGUGACUUACACCACUAACAUUUUGAAUUGUCAAUAUUUAUCUGAAUAUGGAUUUAGAGUUUGUGCUCUGGAUAGGAGACUUAUACAAUUGAUUGACUCCUGUCUUUGCAUAUACUGUGUGGAUAUAUCAUAUGAUGGCUUUUAUAACGAACAUCCUACGCUGCUGCUUGUUUCAGGCAGUUCUCAUCAGUCUAUGGAUGGAUGUGAUCAGUGGAUUUGGUAUUCAGCUUGUUCCUCAGGAUCCACAGGUUGGACAGAAUGUCACCUUGAGUGUCACUGGAAUUAAAGGAACAAUAAAAAGUUUCACCUGGUAUAAAGGUGAAACAGCAGAUACUGAUAACCAAAUCUUCUUCAACAUUAAUAAUAACAUAGCUCUAGGAGCUCAAAACUUUUCUCGAGCCAAUGGUCUUCCUAAUGCCUCAUUACACAUCUCAGACCUAAUGAAAACAGACCAGGGUUACUACACUGUGACAGUACAAACAAUGAAUAAAUCAGAAGCCACUAUACUACUACUGGUUUAUGAGUCAGUACUUAAACCUAAAGUCACAGUAUCCACCCCCAAUCCCUUGAAAAAUGAGGAAUUCAGACUUAUAUGUAACACAACCAAUGCUGAAGAGAUUUGGUGGUACAAGGACAAUGUUACCCUAUUCAAUGGAGUGAAUAUUUCUCAAGGCAACAGCACUAUCAAUUUUUCUAGCCUCAAGCUCUCAGAUGAAGGAAACUAUGUGUGUGAGGCUAGAAAUCGUGUCAGUAAUAAUUGUAGUGACCCCUACAAUCUCAUUGUACACUACGGUCCUGUGAAUAUAUCCAUUGAGGGCACAUUAAACAUGAGUACUAAUUCUCACUUUUCAUUAAAAUGUGCUGCAUUUUCUGUCCCCACACCUAAGUACAAAUGGAGCCACAAUGGGAGUUAUUUACAGCAGGAUACAGUAAGCGUAGAAAGGGCUACACUUGAUGACCAGGGGAAUUACACGUGUGAGGCUUAUAACUCAGUGACAAAUAUGUCAGUUGUCACUUCUGUAUAUGUGACUAUAUAUGAUUCUACUCAAAAUCCAAAUGAAGCUGACACAAGUGCACAAACCGUUGGCAUUGUUGUUGCUGUUGUCCUGCUAGUUAUUGUUCUCGUCAUUGCAUUAAUUUAUCUACUUGUCAUCAGAAGGAGGAAUACAAAGACAACUGCCCCAAAUAGCAAUGCAUCUGCCUCUGGAGUGGUAGAGAAUGACCGCACAACUAUACCUGGAAUACAGAUGGCAGAACAUGAAAUACAGUACAGCUCUCUUGAAUUUGCAGGCAGGGGUCAAAGGAUGAAGCCUGAUCCUGAACCCACAAUGUAUGCAGAAGUGAGACGCACUUAAGUUGCUCGUCAUUCAGGACCUUAUACUUAAGAAGAUUCAAAAGUACAAUUGUUCACUUUAUCUUCGACUGCUGAUAAUAAAAAAAAAUCUCAGAUCUGCUGCAGGCUCUGAACACAAGUGUGAUGUUAUUAUAAGGUGAAGUGUAGGGUCCUUGUUCUCAUGCAUGUUUGCAUGUUGUUUUUUUAGUGUCAUCAAAUUCAAUGGAAGUCUCCAGAAAAGUUUCCCUACUGCACAGCUUUGAUUUAAUUAUAUUUUACUCAGGAAUACUGUAUAAUAUUACUGUUUAAAUCUAUUAUACACAAUGUUCAUUUUUUAAAUAAAUAAAAACAUAUAUGACUGAGAUAACUGCUGUAUUAGUACAUACAAUUUAAAUGGUUGUGGAAGUCAAAAUUUCCAGUUUAGUUAUAUUAUUGAAAUUAAAUUGCCUCUUUGUUGUUGCACUCAGUUAAUCUGUAGAGGGAGGCUGCAGCAGGCAGUGCUAAGGUACAGCAGGGAACACCCACUGCUGUGCCUUCAUUUACUAUUACUGCACACGUUGUUUAGAUGUCUCCUAUUCAAAGACAGAUGCAUUAUCAGUUUGUGUUCAAACAAUGCUUCUAGCUAUACAUCUUUGUUUACCAUAGUUUUACCAUAGAGUGGAUAAAGCUACUGCAUUUACAAAGAGAGGUUUAGUGUAUUCCUUUAUCUGAUUCUGAAUAACAAACAAGAGUACAAUAAAAGAGAUGUUAAAAUCUAUAUGUUCAUUUUUGUUUAGUAAGUGUUUUAGUUCAAGUUUUCUUUUAGUUCAGUGCACAUUGAAGCAACAUAAAAAGAGCACACAGGUGCAGAGCUCCAGUCAAUCUGCAAUUUGUGGGAUGGUUCUAAUUUCUGAGCUCUUUUGUUUAAUUCCUUGUUCACUGAUUUAUGUUAUAUUUACUGCUCAGCAUAGCCAUGGAUAGCCCAAACUACUCCACUGGAACACUACCCCUGACUGCCAGGCCAUGACCCAGUCUUCCCAGAAAAACCCAGAAAUUUUCUAUAGCUGCCUGGCUAUCGAUUAUUAUUACAAAAUAUUAUGCAGUAACUUGUGUCACCAGAUGUAUUAGAGGCUGAAUAUGAAGCUGUCUCAUUUCAAGAUUCUACUGAUUAUGGUUAUUAUGGAAAAAAAAAUCACAGAAUUGGCUUAUUUACUCUAAAGCUGGCAUGAACUGUGCAAUUCUAAGAUCCAACAUUACCCACUGUAAGUUAAAAAAGGAUAUUUUAAUUCCUUUGUAACUCACUACAGGGCAUUCUCCACCUUUAUUGAUGUGAAUCUUAGACAUGUGCUGCAUAAUAUGGUACUCCAAGAAAUACAAGUUUUGCUCACUGUACAUUUUAUUUUGUGUUAUAUUCUUUUUAAACAUUGUAUUUUGUAUAUAAUGAUGUACAAUUUUAUUUUUUAAAUUAUAUGUAAAGUGGGUUUUACUGUGUCAGUGGGUAGGCAGGAAAACAUCAUUCUCAUUAUUGGUUUAACCAGCUGUAUGUGCUUGUGGUAAUCUCUUAAAAUAAAAGACAAUGUUAAUAACUGGUGGAAAAAUAACCUAUAUACAAAACUAUAAGUGAAAACCAGUUAAACUGCAAUAACAACAUUACAUUUUGGUUUGUAUUCAGUUUAGACAAUUUUGCUGAUAUAUCAAUCCUUGUGGUCUGCUACAAAAUGGUACUAUUUAGUUAUAAAGAUUUAUUUCUAUCAGAAACAGCUUGCAGUGGGUUAUAGGUUCAGUUUUUUUGUUUUAAUUAAAAAUCUUGGUAUUUCUUAUCUUUUUUUUCUUGUUUUUAAUAUGGUUAACUAGGUUUUGGUGUUAUCACUUUCUAAUUCAAUAGUUUUUUUCUAUUUUAAUUAGGGACUUUACUUAUUAACUGACUAAGCAAAUAUUUAAAAAAAAACACCCAAGAUGCUAUACAAAGAUAUUGUCAGACUGAUUGGAAUAGGGACAAAUGAUUUUGGUACAAACAGGAAGCAUGAGAUCAAGUACCAUCAUUAUCUCUUUACAUUUUUUUUUAGAAAAGAGGAAUAAGGAAUAAGAGAUCAUUGCUGAUAUUUCUGAUGUGUUAAUUUUUUGCAUUUCUGCUAUUACAUAUAAUAUUGAGAUCUGUAUUAGAUGGCCAAUUAAUAUUUUGCUAAUUGUAUAUUUACCUCUCAACAAAUAUCUCCCAAUUCCCAAACUGGCUUGUAUUAAGGCGCACAAGAAAUAUAACUGAAUGAACAGAGAAAUAAAGUCACCAAUGAAUUUCUCAUUAGGCUGUCAAAUGGUGCCUUAUAUAUGAUAUGCUGGAAGCACAGCUAAACGGUUAAUCCAAUCAAAUAUGGAGAAUUUUGUACAUAUAAAACAUAGAAGAUAUUUUUGUAGUGCUUAUAUUUUGCUAGCAGUGAUAGAUAGGUAUAGAGGGAUGACAGUGAUUUAAAGGGAUACUAAACCCACAUUUUUUUCUUUCAUUAUUCAGAGGGGUCGAUUUAUCAAAAGCUUCGCAAGCCUUUCGACCCCAUAGGACUGCAGGUUCUCACAAGAGAACCUGCACACCGUAUUUAACAAGUAGCGGUCAUCAGAAUUUUAAUCUCCUGGGUAUAGUCUGACCAGGGAGAUUGACAGCUCCUGCUCACGUGUGAUUGGCUGUGCACAGGCAGGGGGCGAGAUUGCACACUAGCGGAAAUAGCACUCAUGUGCAAUGCUGAAUUCCGCCAGGGGAAUUCAGCCCGCCAGAGGGGAGCUGCAGCGGGGGCACAUAUGUGCGCCCUUGUCCACCUCAGCUUGAUAAAUUGACCCCAGAGCAUGCAAUUUUAAGCAACUUUCUAAUUUUACUCCUAUUAUCAUUUUUUCUUCAUUCUCUUGCUAUCUUUAUUUGAAAAGCAAGAAUGUAAGCUUAAGAGUCAGACCAUUUUUGGUUCAGCACCUGGGUUGCGCUUGCUGAUUGGUGGCUAAAUGUAUCUAUCCAGGGUGCUGAACCAAAAAUGGGCAAGCAUCUUAGCUUAGAUUCCUGCUUAGAAUGAAGAUAAUUGAUAAAAGGAGUAAAUUAGAAAGUUGCUUAAAAUUGCAUGCUUUAUCUGAAUCAUGAAAGGAAAAAAAUGGGUUUAGUAACCCUUUAAGGGUAGAAUAAAAUAAUAAUCAGGCUCUUGGUAAAGUGGAAUCUGUACAUAAAUUAGACUGAAACAGAAAAUCUAUUUUGUGAUACAAUAUUUGAUAGAACUUCUACAGGGUAACAUUAUAAUUCAGGUAUAUGUCUGUUGUAUAUUCAAAAGAUUCCUAACAUCUAAUGAGGGAUAAUAAAGAGUUAACCUCUGAAUCUCACACAUCAGUAGUUUAAGAUGUUUUACCUGCUAAUGGAUAGAUCCUACAGAUGAAUCUAAAUGGAUGUUAUGCAUGAAUCUGUUUACUGUUUUGUAUAUUUCUAUGUGCUCAUGGAAAUAGUUUGUGUAAUGUAACACUUUGAUUUGCAUAAGACUUUUGAUCAAAGAGUUUUGUUUUAUACUGAGGAAGUCAUGUAUUUUAAGCAAAACCCAUUUUGUGCAAGCAUAUUAAGUAUAGUAGCUUCCCCAAAUUACUGAGAACAUGCAAAUUAUUAAACCACUCCUAAUAAAGUCAUUUACGGCUCCAUAUAAAAUGUCUGGUUUUAUUUUUAACAACGAUAAUUGCAACUUAUUCUAUAAAUGCACUCAAUCAAAUUAUUGAUACAUUUCCUUCUUGGUACUUUUUCCUGCUGUCACCAUAAUUUACUUAUAUGUCUAAAUAUAUUUCCCAGUUUAUUCUCUACUAAAUAUUGGCUCAGAUUCCAGUCUAUUAGCACUUGCUGUUUGAAAUUGUUUUAUUCAAAUUGUUGUUUUUUUUGGCUUCCUUCUCUAAGACAUUCCAGUCUAAGCUACCAGAAUUACAAAUAAACUAUAAUACAUAAUGAUAA